UGUUGUGAAUUUUAUAUUUCGCGUAGUGUUUACUUGGCAAAUUUUAUUACUUUCCGCGUAUACAACGUCACCGGGUCUACGUCCGUCGGCCGUAAAGUAUUUGUAACGCGCUAUUCUUAUUAGAAAUGCGAUGGAAACGUGCGCGUAACGAACGCAUAAGGCCGUAUUCUAAUGCGGUAAACGUAUCAUAACGUUUGUUUUCUAUGUGAUGCUACUGGUGAUCAGAGGCUAACGAUGCCUUUUAAACUGUUGAAGAAGACGCGGCAGUACAACGUAGCAUCGAAAAGCCUGUUCGUGAUCAGUGUGGAGUUGUUAGAUGGUGGUGUGGCGGAUUGUACGCUGUCGGUGGAUUCUACGGGGCAGGAAUGUCUGGACAACGUGUGCCAGCGGCAGGCGAUCAACCAGCCGGAGUUCUUCGGGCUCCGCUACGUGAACAGGCAGCAGCAGCCGCGAUGGGUGCAGCUGGAGCGUCCGUUAAAGCGGCAGUUGGACAAAUACGCAUCUUCCCACCAGUUGUACUUGCGUGUGAUGUACUAUGUGAUAUCGGGGACGAGUUUGAUAACAGACGAAGUCACUCGUAACCAUUACUUCCUGCAGUUAAAGAAUGAUUUGGUGGAGGGACGGAUAAUCUGUGAUUGUCAGCAAGCGGUUGUGUUAGCUUCGUACAGUCGGCAAGCGGAGUAUGGGAACCAUGACCGGGAGCGACAUACGGUGGAGUACUUGAAGAAUUUAUUGACGUUUCCGAAGCAGAUGCUGGAUAACGGGCAGUUGAUUGAUGCGAGUACACUGGCUGAGACGGGGAAGUUAGAAUGGCUGACUGCUGCGGUCAUACAGCAUCAUAUGGCGUUGCAUAACAUGUCUCAGGCUCAAGCGGAAGAAGGCUUCAUCACUACGUGUCAGCAACUGCGAGGGUACGGCCAAGAGCUAUUCUCAGCGAAGGACGCGGGAACUAAUGAGGAGGUCACUAUCGCCGUCUCGCUCACUGGUAUCAGAGUACUGAGCGAGAAUAGCGACACGCCACAUUUCUACAGAUGGUCAGACAUCACAAUAGUGAUAAAUCGCAAACGAACGUUCAGCAUCGAAUGCCAGCGAGCGAACGAAUCCGCGUCUUUCUUACUACCAAGUCCAGAGGCCGGCAAAUAUGUCUGGAGGAGCUGCGUACUACAGCAUACUUUUCAUAUGAGGCACCAACAGGCGUUGAAUGCUCCACAUGAUACCACUACUAACUUCCAGCAGGAAAUUGGCCUCUCAGACAGUCGCGAAGAACUAGACUCCAGAGAAGCCAGCAGUUCACGUUUGGAGUCCAGUUUGAGCCUGUCACAUCGAGCACACUCCACCUCCUGUCUAGAGCUGAGAGACGCACUUCCACCAAGGGCCAGAGCGCAGCUACCCCAAUACCGUCCAGCGCCCGACUACGAGACCGCCGUCCAACAGAAGUACCAGCAACAACGCGCUGAAGCACAACUACGCUACCAGAACCACCACGCCGUCGCCAAACCACUCGCAUACGGCUCACACCCCGACAUACACCGCAUACACUACCCCGACGUCACCAGGCAUACAAUCAACCAGGCCGCCGCUACAGAUGACUACUUAUAUGGACUGAAGUACAUGAAUAAUUACCAAAUAGCGGUCCAUCCAGACGUCAAACCAAUGCAUUAUGUGAACGUGUACAAACCGCCCCCGCCUUACCCCUCAAAUGGUCUGGCUUCAAACUCGACGCCAGACUUAGCUGUGGCCAGCCAAGCUCUCAACUACCACAGGGGCUAUAUCAACUCCCAUGUGUCAGGUUCUAGUCCCGAUUUAGUCUCAACAAGAACUGCUUUAAAUAGAUUAGGUUACAUACCUAAUCCAGUGGUAAAUUAUAGGCCUAAUGUUAUGCCACAUGGCACGUAUAACAAUCUUAAUUCAGUCCUAAAUCAUAAUCCACAUCACAUGAUCGAUCAACAUAUCUCUGAUAACAUACAGAAGGUUUAUGAUGAGAGAGGGAAUAUUAUGUACUCCAUGCCCAUGCAUAGACUAAAUUAUCAAAGGCAUUUAGUGUUACCACAACAGCAAAUAGCUUCUGGCAAACUCAGCGAUACUCAAGAACCGAUUUAUGAAAACGUACCUUUACCGUGGCAAGACAAAGUCACUAUGAGAGACCGAGCACAAAGCUUGACAACUACGGAUGAAAUAAAUAGACUAAACGAAAGAAAUGGAAGCCAUCCGACUAUAAAUAAGUAUGGGAACCAUUCUAAACCUUUACUAAACGUGCCUUAUCAAAUAAAAGUCGAACCUGAUAGUCACUACGUCAACGCACAAAUCAUAAAAGGUGUCCGCGAAUCCAGCGUACCUAAAGACCUAAACAUCUCAAAUAGGUCUAUAAACAAAGACGAUUUCGAGAACGUUGCUUUAUCGAUCGAUAAAAUGUCUUUAAAUAACGAUAAUAAUUACGACGAAACUCCGUACCAAAGUCUCUCGACACACCGGGUGUCGAACAACAAUACGAUAAAAACGAACGAUAACGUGACAAGUAUAAGCGUGCCCGAUAUACGCGUGAACGACUCAGCUUUGUCCAGUUCUGUCAUGAAUUCGACUUAUAGCACUAGCGUGGAACUAGACUCGACUAAGAGCAGUGUUACUAUGAACGUGAGUAGUAACAGUAACGUGAGCUCGAAGGAGAAAAAGAGACGGAGAUGGGGCGUUUUCAUGGGGAGGAAAGAGGUGAAAAGUGCGACUUUAGGAAGGGAUCGAGCGAAGCCGCAGCCCCAGCCGGCGAAUAAGCACCGGUGGUCGACCGGCCUGCCGAAAUUUCAGCCGCUACCGCCCAGUAUUACCAAAGAAACUAUGUGCCAACUUCUAGAACGCAAGAUGUCUGACGAUCAGCUCUCAUUCGCCUUCGAGCAAAUCCCCAAAGGCCGCGCGACCGGGGGCUCGGUCCGCACGGCGCUUUUACCCCAGCACGCUGCCCUAAACGGUCUCAGCACCGACGAUUUACCCUAUGAGGAUAAUAGGGUGAAGCUACACCCUACGCCGGCCAACCCACAUGGGUAUAUGAACGCGUCACACAUCACGAUGACCGUGGGCAGCACGCAGCGAUUCUACGUAGUCGCAAAGGUGGAUCAGAACGUUCCAGCCGCUAUGUUCUGGGAAUGCGCGUGGCAGGUCGGCAGUAGGCUACUGGCUCGCGUGGGCGCUGAGCGGCCACACUAUUUACCACCUGAAGACUGUACUGCUGACAUUGGCAAGUUUCAAGUAACAUCGAUGCGUGAAUCCCGCGCGUCUUGGGGUGGUUCAGUUCAAUUGAGAGUACGCUGUGGCGGCCGGUCCAGAACAGUAUGGCACGUUCAUUAUAGGUUGUGGAACGAACCCGCACCUGAACUCGUUCAACCUUUUCUCGAGUUUCUAGCUGAACUGAACGGUCUUCGCCUAGCGUGUGAGACCGAAGCCGACGCACUGGGCGGCCACAACGCGCCUCUCCUCGUGAGCUGCGCGGGCAGCACGGCGCGCGCCGGCGUCGCUACCGCCGCCGCGCUCUUACUGCACAUUGUCGACUGUAACCAGGAGCUAGACAUCCCGCGCACGAUGGGAUUACUGCAUCAGCAGCGAGCCAACCUCAUCAGCAACGUGCAACAAUACAAGUUCCUCCACCAACUGCUCUUGCAUUAUCUCAAGCAAUCAAGACUCAUCUGAACCUAUCUCGAGGUAUUAGUAUUGGUAUUUAGACCACGAUUUGGAGGUAUUUAGACCAGUGUCCCAAGCAAUCCUGAGCUAAGGUAUUCUGACCGCGAUCCUGAAUUUCUGAGGUAUUCUGACCGCGAUCUUGAGUUUACUAGGUAUUCUGACCGCGAUCUUGAGUUUGCGAGGUAUUCUGACCGCGAUAUUGAGUUUACUAGGUAUUCUGUCCGCGAUAUUCAGUUUACGAGUUAUUCUGACCGCGAUAUUGAGUUUACUACGUAUUCUGACCGCGAUCUUGAGUUUACGAGGUAUUCUGAC